CUGACCAAUCACGCGCAGCGAUUGGUUUUGCUAAUCGUCGUGAUCCACCUCCCCGGGGGAGGGGGGUUUGGGGGACAACGUUUACAAAUGGGAAUAGGGUACGUGGGAGGGAUAGAUCGUAUAGCCAAUGAAAUCUUGUGGCGCUAAUGGGCGGGGUGAGGCCGCUGCCAGGUUUAGGGCGGAAGGAGCUUCUCUGGAUAAGAAGGGGAACGUAAGAUGGCGGCGGAAACGCUGCUGUCCAGUCUGUUGGGGCUGCUGCUUCUGGGGCUUCUGUUACCCGCAAGUCUGACUGGCGGUGUCGGGAGCCUGAACCUGGAGGAGCUGAGUGAGAUGCGUUAUGGGAUCGAGAUCCUGCCGUUACCUGUCCUGGGAGGGCAGAGCCAAGCUUCAGACGUGGUGAUUGUCUCCUCUAAGUACAAACAGCGCUAUGAGUGUCGCCUGCCAGCUGGAGCCAUUCAUUUCCAGCGUGAAAGGGAGGAGGAGGCACCUGCUUACCAAGGGCCUGGGAUCCCUGAGUUGUUGAGCCCAAUGAGAGAUGCUCCCUGCCUGCUGAAGACCAAGGACUGGUGGACAUAUGAAUUCUGUUAUGGACGCCACAUCCAGCAGUACCACAUGGAAGAUUCAGAGAUCAAAGGUGAAGUCCUCUAUCUUGGCUACUACCAAUCAGCCUUCGACUGGGAUGAUGAAACAGCCAAGGCCUCCAAGCAGCAUCGCCUGAAACGCUACCACAGCCAGACCUACGGCAACGGGUCCAAGUGCGACCUCAAUGGGAGGCCCCGGGAGGCUGAGGUUCGGUUCCUCUGUGACGAAGGUGCAGGUAUUUCUGGGGACUACAUUGAUCGUGUGGAUGAGCCCUUGUCCUGUUCUUACGUGCUGACCAUUCGGACUUCUCGGCUCUGCCCCCACCCUCUCCUUCGUCCCCCACCCAGUGCCACUCCCCAGGCCAUUCUCUGUCACCCUUCCCUGCAGCCUGAGGAGUAUAUGGCCUACAUUCAGAGGCAAGCUGACUCAAAGCAGUAUGGAGAUAAAAUCAUAGAGGAGCUGCAAGAUCUGGACCCCCAAAUGUGGAGUGAGACCAAGUCUGGGGCAGUACCCCCAAAGAGAACAGGUGCAAGCCCAAGCAAGGAUGACAGUAAGGAAUCGGAUUUCUGGAAGAUGCUUCACGAGCCAGAAGACCAGGCCACAGAGGGAGAGGAGGUGCAGGCUGAGGAGCAGGACCCAAACCCUGAGGCAGCAGAUCCAGCUCCAGGCUCUCCCAAUGAUUUUCAGAACAACGUGCAGGUCAAGGUCAUUCGGAGUCCUGCGGAUUUGAUUCGAUUGAUAGAGGAGCUGAAAGGUGGAACAAAAAAGGGGAAGCCAAAUGCGGGCCAGGACCAGCCUGCAGAUGAUGCUACAGAAGUCCCUCAGAGGGAACCAGAGGUGAAGGAAAAGAGUGAUGGAGAGCAUCAGAGUGAGGCAGAAGAAGAGGAUGAUGAGGAGGAUGAAGAUGAAGAUGAGGAUGAACGGCAGUUACUGGGAGAAUUUGAGAAGGAACUGGAAGGGAUACUGCUGCCAUCAGACCGAGACCGGCUCCGUUCAGAGGUGAAGGCUGGCAUGGAGCGGGAGCUGGAGAACAUCAUCCAGGAGACAGAGAAGGAGCUGGACCCAGACGGGCUGAAGAAGGAGUCGGAGCGUGAUCGGGCAAUGCUGGCUCUGACAUCCACUCUCAACAAACUCAUCAAAAGGCUGGAGGAAAAACAGAGUCCAGAGCUGGUGAAGAAGCACAAGAAAAGAAGAGUUGUCCCCAAAAAGCCUCCCCCAUCACCCCAACCUACAGAGGAGGAUCCUGAGCACAGAGUCCGGGUCCGGGUCACCAAGCUCCGUCACGGAGGCCCCAAUCAGGAUCUGACUGUCCUCGAGAUGAAACGGGAAAACCCACAGCUGAAACAAAUCGAGGGGCUGGUGAAGGAGCUGCUGGAGAGGGAGGGACUCACAGCUGAAGGGAAGAUUGAGAUCAAAAUUGUCCGGCCAGGGGCUGAAGGAACCGAAGAAGAUGCACGUUGGCUGACUGAUGAGGACACAAAAAGCCUCAAGGAGAUCUUCUUCAAUAUCUUGGUGCAGGGAGCUGAAGAGGCCCAGAAGGAGCGCCAGAGGCAGAAAGAGCUGGAGAGCAAUUACCGCCGGGUGUGGGGCUCUCAAGGCGGGGAGGGCACGGGGGACCUGGAUGAGUUUGACUUCUGAGACCUCCACUGCAAUUGGCCCUCCAAGGAGUCUAGAGUCUUCCUAGACUGGCCUGCCUCCCCCACACCUCCCCACCCCUAGGACCACUGAAGGCAAACAGCAGGGCAGAGCUGGGCUGUGGACCUGGUGGCCCCAGCUCUGGGGGUGUGGAGGGCCAUGGGGUGAGUGCUGCUGCCCUCCAGCCUCACCAGGCCUGGGAGUUUUGCUCUCCCGGGCUCUUCCCCAUUCCCCUUGCUUUCCUCCUUGGCUUUUCCUGUCAUCAUCCCCUAACAAUAGGAUAGGAUUCUUUCCUUCUUCCCACCUAGAGAUUCGGUCAGGUCUUUUGAGUGGAGUAGGGUAGAGAGAGCACAGACAGUAGGACAGUUUGGCAGGCCCGCAGAAAGCAGAUGGCUUCAAUUCCCGCCCCCGUUGCUGUGUGGAGUCACUUCACCCCCUUCCCUUGGAUUGCCUUGGGAUUUCCUUCUCCCCUUCCCUGUCCACACUGUCCCCUACAAUCUGUGCUUCUGAGUUGAGGAGCUUUCACCUCUGUUGCUGAGGAAAUGGGAGAAUGUUGCCCAUCACCUCCAACACAAUCCCAGUGAAAAAGGUGGGGUACAGAACCCACCAUGUUCUUGAACAAUCAGGUUUCAAAAUAAAGAACCGGACCAUCAA